UGUGUGUGUGAAGCUCUUCUGUCCAUCAGACCCACCGACAACAUCAACAUGACUUCCUACACUGACAAAGGAGAGAAGCCAGAGAGAGGGAAAUUUAUAAAAUUUCACCAUGUGAAAUUCUGGGUGGGAAAUGCCAAACAGGCUGCGGUGUUUUACUGUGAUAAGUUUGGCUUCGAGCCGCUGGCGUAUAAAGUUCUGGAGACGGGCAGCAGAGAGGUGGUGUCUCACGCCAUCAGACAGGACAAGAUAAUCUUUGUCUUUGAGUCCGCCCUGAACCCUGGGAACGAGGAAAUGUGCGAGCAUCUCAUGAAACAUGGAGACGGAGUGAAAGACGUGGCAUUUCAAGUGGAGGACUGUGACUUUUUAAUCAAGAAAGCCAAAGAGAGAGGAGCGGUGAUCGUCAAAGAGCCGUGGGUCGAGCAGGAUUCAGGCGGCAAAGUCAAAUACGCCGUAAUUCAGACGUACGGAGACACGACACACACAUUUGUGGAGUACAUGGGGCCAUAUAAAGGUCUGUUUCUGCCAGGAUACAAAGAGCCGCUGUUCAGAGACCCUCUGUUAGCAAAACUGCCUCCGGGACACUUAUGCUUCAUCGAUCACGUUGUGGGAAACCAGCCAGAUGAUAAAAUGGUGCCAGUUUCUGACUGGUAUCAGAAGUGUCUGAUGUUCCACAGGUUCUGGUCCAUCGAAUUUUGUAAUAUAUGUACCCUUAAUGAACCAGCCAUGGGGAAAAAGAAAUCACAAAUCCAGGAGUAUAUCGACUACAACGGAGGACCCGGAGUGCAGCACAUCGCACUAAACACCCCCAACAUCAUCCAAGCUAUUGUGAACCUCCGAGCUCGAGGGAUGGAGUUCUUGUCCACACCCGAUAAUUACUACGACACCCUACGGCAGAAUCUCAAGACGGCCAAGAUCAAGGUGAAGGAGGACCUAAAAACACUGCAGGAGUUAAAAAUCUUAGUAGACUAUGACGAUAAAGGUUACCUGCUGCAGAUCUUCACCAAACCCGUGCAGGACAGACCGACGCUCUUCCUGGAGGUCAUCCAGAGGAACAACCACUCUGGUUUUGGAGCUGGAAACUUCAAAUCUCUGUUCGAGGCCAUCGAGAAAGACCAGGAUGCCAGAGGAAACCUCACAGUUCUCACACCGGAGAGCCAGGGCGUCCCGAAGGCCUCUUACUAACACACACAACUGCAUUAAGGUGAUUUACUCAAGCCUCAUGCUGGAGUGAAAUAAUAUGACACCAUCAAUUAAAAUGUCCAGGAUGACAAUAAAGACAUUUAAUAU